AUGGUUUUUUUUAUAUGUCAUUUGCAUCAACAAAUUCAACGGCUGUACGAGCAGCAGAUCAGCACUUAUAAGACAGGAGCUUUCAUAGUUUAUCGAGGACAAGGUCUUAUGAAAUCAGAUUUCGAAAAACUUCAGAAAACGAUAGGUGGACUUAUGUCAUUUAACAGUUUCUUGUCCACAAGUAAAUAUAAAGAUGUGUCCCUUGAUUUCGCUCGAUGUGCUUCAACAAAAGUGGACACAGUGGGCAUUUUCUUUAUUAUGUACAUUGAUCCUUGUAUUAAAUCAGCACCAUUUGCUUCCAUCAAACAGGUAAGUUAUUUUAAUGAAGAAGAAGAAAUUCUCUUUUCAAUGCACACCGUCUUUCGAGUGUGUGCAGUUAAACAAAUGGACAAUAAGAAUAAACUGUAUCAAGUUGAAUUAAAAUUAACCUCGGAUGAUGAUCAACAAUUACGAUUACUUACUAAUAGGAUAGGAGAAGAAGUUAAUGGUACUGGAUGGCAAAGAUUGGGUAAAUUAUUGCUUACAAUUGGUCAAUUUAAUAAAGCUGAAGAACUUUAUAACGUAUUACUCGAACAGACAUCUGAUAACCAUGAAAAAGUGAUUUAUUAUAAUCAGCUGGGAUUCGUGCAUUCGAAUCAAGGUGAUUAUGAAAAGGCUAUUUGGUAUCACGAAAACGCACUUGAAAUUCAACAAAAAGCCUUACCUUCGGAUCAUAUUUCAUUGGCUAUUUCAUACAACAACAUCGCUAGUGUGUAUACGAACAUGGGAGAGUACACCAAAGCACUUUCACUUUUCGACAAAACACUUGAAAUCUAUCAAAAACCUCUUCCUUCAAAUCAUCCUGAUAUGGCUACUGCAUACAACAACAUCGGUCGUGUGUAUGAUAACAUGGGACAGUACUCGAUAGCACUCUCAUUUUACAAAAAAGAUCUUAAAAUCUGUUUAAAAACUCUUCCAUCAAAUCACCCUGAUUUAGCUGCUUCAUACAACAAUAUUGGCUUAGUAUAUUAUAAUAUCGGAAAGUACUCGAAAGCACUUUCAUCUCACAAAAAAGCACUUUUAAUCUAUCAAAAAACUCUUCCUUCAAAUCACCCUGAUCUGGCUACUUCAUAUAACAACCUCAGUAGCGUGUAUAGCAAGAUGGAAGAGUACUCGAAAGCAAUUUCAUCUCACGAAAAAGCACUUGAAAUUCGACAAAAAGCUCUAUCGGCAAAUCAUCCCUCAUUCGCUACUUCAUACAGCAACAUUGCGAGUGUCUAUAAUAAUAUGGCACAGUAUUCAACGGCGCUGUCACUUUACCAAAAAGCACUUGCAAUCUAUCAGAAAACUCUUCCUCCACAUCAUCCUGAUUUAGCUACUUCAUACAACAACAUUGGUUUAGUAUAUUACAACAUGGGAGAAUACUCGAAAGCACUAUCAGCUCACAAAAAAGCACUUGAAAUCUAUCAAAAAACUGUUCCUUCAAAUCAUCCUGAUUUGUCUACUGCAUACAACAACAACGGUCGUGUGUAUGACAACAUGAGACAGUAUUCGACAGCACUCUCAUUUUACGAAAAAGACCUCGAAAUCUGCUUAAAAACUCUUCCUUCAAAUCAUCCAGAUUCGGCUACUUCAUAUAGCAACAUUGGUAGUGUGUAUUUCAAUAUGGGACAGCACCCGACAGCACUUUCAUUUUAUGAAAAAGCAAUUGAAAUCUAUCAAAAAACUCUUCCUUCAGAUCAUCCCUCAUUGGCUAUUUCGUAUAACAAGAUCGGUUCCGUGUAUAGCAAGAUGGGCGGGUACUCGAAAGCAAUAUCAUCUCACGAAAAAGCACUUGAAAUUUAUCAAAAAACGUUUCCUUCUAAUCAUCCAUCAUUGGCCAUUUCAAAUAGCAAUAUCGGUAGUGUGUAUUACAGCAUGGGAGAGUACUCAAAAGCAAUUACAUUUUACGAAAAAGCAGUUUAA